UCGGUUUACGUCAUUAUAUUGACAAUAUCUAAAUUAACUCCAAUUGAACUCCCCUCUGCAAAAUCUGGUUGGGAAAUUACACUAUGUUUAAUCCGGAAGAGAGACGAAUGCAGUUCGAUUGAGGAGACAUUGUCAUUCUUGAACAGAAAGGCCAGAUGAACAACCUGAAUGACCCCCAGGAAUGGAACAUCAGGCCAGAGCAGAGAGGGGGUGGUGGUGGUGGCGAUUUGAACAAGUGGAACUAUGCCCUACUGGUGCCAAUGAUUAGCCUCGCUGCCUUCCGGUGGAUCUGGUCCAGGGAGUCACAGAGGGAAGUGUUGGAGGUGAAAGAAAAGUACGACAAGAGCAUGCAGGCCAUCCGCGAUGACAUGGAGCUGAAGUACAAGGACACGCUGAGAGAGAACCGACGGGAGACGGUCCACCUGGAGCUGGAACUGGAGAAGGAGAAGAACCGCGUGCAGGGCUACCGCCAGGCCAUAGCCUCCCAGAGCCAGCAGCUGAUGGAGGAACGCAGGAGGCUUAGCCAGGAGCGGGAGGCCCUGACUGGGGAGAAGAGCCGGCUGCUGCAGGCGGGCGCAGCAGGGGCCCUCUUCCACACGGCUCUGGAGAGGGAGAGUGAGAGCAAGUGGCACCGGAGAGCCAUAGCCGCUCUGAGGGAGGUGGAGGAGGGUCUGGUGGAGAGGCAGGGGGCUUUCUGCAGCAUCAUGGUGCCCCGGGAGAAGAGGCUGGAAAUGGAGAAGGACGUGCUGGUCAGAGCUGGCAGGGAACGGGCUCUCGCCCAACUGGACAUGGAGGCCGGCCUGAAGGACAUCUUUAAAAAUGACCGCCACUGUGCACAGUACCUGAACACUGACAAGCGCAAGAACGGUAGUCUGAUGUGGAUCUACCUCAGAUACUGGCAGCUGCAGGUCACACUACAGAAACACAGGAGAGCAGAGGCCAUGUUGUUAGAAACACAGUCUAGCAAUCUAUGAUGUCGCUGGGAUUAUGAUCCAAAGUGAUAUUUAUUAAUGAUGUAUAAUACACUACCAGUCUAAAGUUUGGACACACCUACUCAUUCAAGGGUUUUUCUUUAUUUUUACUAUUUUCUACAUUG